UCCGACCGGGUCCCGGGAGUCCUUGCCUCCGAGCAAGCACCGGCAACACACGUGUGCUACGACAGUGCGCGUCACGGUACAUGUGAAUUAUCUGAGCUGUGUGUAGGAGGGCCAGCGAUCAUAAAAGAAUAAAUACGCACCACUCCCCAUCAUUCAGCCAGUGUAGCAGUUUACCGCACAGGACCGGAAAAAGUGAGAGAAAACCGCAACAGACGCGAGCAGACUGGGUAAAGGAGCGCUUAUGACAGCCUCCCUGGUCCUAAACACUCGCUGGCCAACGGACACGGUAAUGUUUGUGUAUGAUAACAACCUGGACGACCUGAACAAGAACAUGGAGGGGUUGGUGGGCGGCGGCAACUUCGUCGCGGCAACUGCGGCAAGCCACCAGUGUCGCAACAUAAUGGCGCACUCGGCCGCCGCUGCUCUGGGUGGGCACCCAUCUGGGCUGAUGCACUCUCCAGCCGGGUACGCCACGGUGGACCUGUCAGCUCCAGGCUCCAGCGAUCCCGGCGCCUCGGGGAAGCAGUGCGCAGGCGGACCAUGUCCAGCGGCAGUGCCGCACCAGAGUUCCUCCGCCGCAUUACCCUACGGCUACUUUGGUAACGGCUACUACCCGUGCAGGAUGGGGCGGGGUUCUCUCAAGUCGUGCACCCAGGCGACCGGAGCUGCGCUUAGCUCGCAGUACAUGGACACAGCGGUGAGCUCUGACGAUUAUACGAACCACAGGGCAAAGGAGUUCGCUUUUUAUCACGGCUACCCGAGCCCAUACCAGCCCAUGACCAGUUACCUGGACGUGUCGGUGGUCCAAACACUGGAGCCUCGCCAUGACACACUGCUCCCCAUGGAAACCUACCAGCCCUGGGCACUGACCAACAGCUGGGGGGGACAGAUGUACUGCUCCAAGGACCAGGGACAGGCCGGGCACCUCUGGAAAUCCGCGCUGGCCGAUGUGGUGGCACACCAGCAGGAAGGCUCGCCUUUCCGCCGAGGCAGGAAGAAGCGGAUACCGUACACCAAGGCGCAGCUCAAAGAACUGGAGAAGGAGUACGUCGCCAACAAAUUCAUUACAAAGGACAAGAGGAGGAAGAUCUCGGCCGUGACCAACCUGUCAGAGCGCCAGAUCACCAUCUGGUUCCAGAACAGGAGGGUGAAAGAGAAGAAGUUCGUGGCCAAAGUGAAGAGCAGCGCGCCGUAGCAUCCUGGGUCCUGCUGUUUGGACGAUUUAGUAAAGGGACUUGGCGCAUUUGCAUUUUAUAAAACAAAUGAACCGGGUGAAAUGAGAAAAGAUGGCGAUGUAAAGAAACUCGACAUGGUACCCGAACUGGGACUGUGAGUCAAAACGUGGAAGGGAAAGACGAAUCAAAACGAUAUGAAAAAAGAACCAAAGCCCUCUAAUAAAUAGAGGCAUUUUGUUAACUCAGCACCUUUCUGUCUGCUUUUAUAUUACUCUAUGUUGUCCUGUUUGUCAGUGCUGUACGUGCCCAGUAGCCCGUAGCUGAAAACUUAUUAUUAUGCUUAUAUCACCUGUAACCAAAGUAUAGUGCAACACAUAAUAAAUCCUUUUAAUCCCGA